AUGCACACUAUUCUUGAUGGUGCUGCUGUUGGUGCUGAUUACGAUACGCAGCUGGACGAGUUCGAAGGGGUGGUGCAAUCGGCGCAGCACAGAAAUGGAUAUGCCGUAGUUUUCACUGAAGUGGCGGGAGCUUCCGGUCAACAUGAUUUAUUCGCCACUGCUGUUGCUGCUGCUGCCGUCGCCGAUGCGCCGCCAUUGGCGUAA